AAUUUCCUGUGAAUAUUAUUAAAAAAAAUAUAAAAAUCUAGAAAAAAUGAAAAAGUCAUUCAAAAACAUAGACAAAUCCAAGGAAAUGUUAAAAAACGAUUUCCGUUAUUUUAAACGUGGUCCGACUUUUAAGCCAGCACAAGAAUGUGUUAAGGACGACAGUUCGGAUAUAACAUCUUGGAGUUCGAAUGCGUUCAGGCAAUACCGAAAGUUUAGCGCCGAAACUUUGGUGAUCAAGGCGGUGAAAAGUCUCGCCGAGCGUAAGGGCUCAUCGGUAGUGGCAAUCAAAAAAUACAUGAUUAACCACUAUCCAUAUGUGGAUGGAAAGUUUACGCUGCCCGUUAUCCGGAGGGUAAUUAAGAGAGCAUUGCUCAAAGGGAAGUUAGUCCAAUGUCAGGGUAAUACAAUGGAUGGACGUUUCAAGAUAUCAGCUGGAGAAAUACGUGCCGAACAGCAGCAGGAACAAUUUAAGCACCUUAAGGAGUGCCUUAAACUAAGAGAACACCAAAAGCAGGAGCUGGAACGGAAAAUUCUCAAGAACAGAGCAAAAGAAAAACAGAACCGGCAGAGUAUUCAAGAAAAAGAGUUCGCUGAGAUACAACAACGAAAGAAAGCUGCAAAUGCGGCCAAGCUAGCGAAAGACAAUUUGACUGCACGAGCCGCCAAAGAUAUGCUAAAUUUCACGCAAAAUUAUCUCAAACAGAAUGAGGAGACAUAUCCCUUUAAGACCGCGCAGCGUUUAGGUGCCGGCACUUCAAAAUCCUUUCAACCGCCGCAAGCACAAAUAGUUGAUUACGCCGAUGCCGCUGUAGCGACGGCGAAAGUCAUAAGCUCAGAGCAGCUAAGGAAAGCUAUUAUUACCGCAGCCGAGUAUGUGCCGAAUCUUCCAGCUUUCGACGGCAGUAAUUUAAGGCGUGAUCUCGGUGUUAGACACAUGCCGAUCAAAUAUGAGCGUACAAUAAGAAAGGAUAAUCCAGUCGAUAUCUCCUCAUCCGACAAGUUCAAUGAUACUCCAAAAUAUCUUAAUACUAUUAUCCCCAGAAAUAAACUGCCGAGUAUAGAUGCAGCUGUAAACUUUCGGUCCCCAUCUGCUGAAUUUGUGGUUGGACAAAACACGGCAUGCAACAAAGCUUUUUCUCCCGUCAGUACUGCAGGGAAGAUCACGAAGCGUGCUAAAGGCAAUACCGGUUCUAAAUCUGGUUUUAACAGUACCAAAGCUGUUAGGUAGUGUUUUGUUUUUGUAAAAAGGAAUACUAAAAUUUUAUGUGUAGUGUGUGUUCGAAUUCAAAAGUGUUUAUUAUAAUCAAACAAAUCUUAA